CGCGCCCGUUCAAAUCUCAAAAGCUCCCCUUCUACCCCCAAACACACAUCCUUCUCAUUCUCCUACACUCCUUAUCUCCUUUAAAACCAUCGACGACUCCAACCGGCCAUCUCGCCAGAGAGUCACCUACCCUACAGACUACACUCCUCUCUCUCCUAGAGUUUCAACAACUUUUCCGUCGCCCAUCCGAGUCGCCCGGCGUGAAACGUCAGCCCUAAAUAACAAGGGAAAAAUCCAUCUCCUUCUCCUGAACAACCUCGAAUCCCCCUCAACCACCAACAGCAAAAUGUCCAGCAACAAAGCAUCCCGCAAGAAGUCGCCCACGCGAAAGGGCUCCUCGCGCUCACCCGCUCCCAAGGACAAGGUGAGCGCCGAGCAGCCUCUCCUGAAUGGCACGGGCGCCGCCGCCGCAGGCAGCAAGGAGGAGCACCCUUACGAGAACAUUUUUCUCUUCUGGCCGAAUAUCAUCGGCUACGUGCGCAUCGUCCUCGCCCUCGGCUCGCUCUACUACAUGCCUCUCCACCCCCGAACCUGCACAAUCCUCUACAGCGUGUCGUGUCUCCUCGACGCCCUCGACGGCUACGCCGCGCGCUACUUCAGCCAGUCCACCCGCUUCGGCGCUGUUCUGGAUAUGGUGACUGAUCGCUGCACGACGGCGUGUCUGCUUGUUUUCCUCGCCUCCGCGUUCCCGCGCUGGUCGAUCGUGUUUCAGGGUCUUAUCUCUUUGGAUCUCGCGAGCCAUUACAUGCAUAUGUACGCUACGCUCGUGAUGGGUGGAUCGGGAGAGAGUCACAAGAAGGUCGAUCGUAGCCGUAGCUACAUCCUGAACCUUUACUACACGAACAAGACGGUCCUCUUCCUCUUCUGCGCCCUCAACGAAAUCUUCUUCAUAGCCCUCUACCUCCUCUCCUUCCCCCCUCCCCCCCCCC